AUGUCACCCAGAGUGAGAGAGGCCACCCAUUCUGGGAGCUGGUACGUGUCCAGCGGCAAGAAGCUAGAUCAGCAGCUGUCCGAGUGGCUCGCCCAGGUCGAGCCUUCAACAAUUCCUAGUCCGCCAAGAAGCGUCAUCGACGUCGACGUGGAAGCAGAGAGCAGGGCAACGACAGCUGAUGAUGGAGGCAUAGAGAUGCCGGCCAAAGGGCUAAAGGCUGUCAUCGCGCCCCACGCAGGCUACUCCUACUCGGGCCCGGCAGCUGCCUGGGCGUACGCCAGCAUUGACCCUUCCCAGUACACCCGAGUCUUUAUCCUGGGCCCGUCGCACCACCUCUAUCUCGACGGGUGUGCGCUUUCGUCGUGCGACGCAUACGCUACGCCAUUGGGAGACUUGCCCAUUGAUAAGGCGACCGUUGCCGAGCUUCGAAGUUCAGGCCAGUUCGAACGGGACAUGAAGCUCGACGUCGAUGAGGCCGAGCACAGCAUAGAAAUGCAUCUGCCGUACAUUCGCAAGGUCUUUCAAGACCACGAGAUCGGGAUUGUGCCAAUUCUUAUCGGUUCCAUCUCGACAAAGAAGGAGGGCGUCUUUGGCAAACUGCUCGCACCCUACCUCGCUGACCCAACGACGCUCUUCGUCACAAGCUCUGAUUUCUGCCAUUGGGGAUCCCGCUUUGGGUACACCUACUACAACACCACCUCAUCGCCCAAAUCGAGCACUACUCUCUCCUCACGCGGAGCAGUGCCCGACACCGCUGUCCCAAUUCACGCCUCUAUUCGCAGCCUGGACGGCGCCGCGAUUAGCCACCUGACCUAUCCUCUUCGGAUCCCACUUCCUGACCCGACCGCUUCUGCCUCCUCUUCCUCGAAUCCUGCCACUUCCGCAGAAGAAAGUGGGCCUAAGGGUGCAGCCGAUGCGCGAGAGUCGUUCGCAAGCUAUCUCGCCCAGACCAAAAACACAAUCUGCGGGCGACAUCCCAUCGGUGUGCUGCUGGGCGCCUUGGAGGCUCUGGAAGAGAAGCAGGAGAGGCAGCAGCACUAUUCGACUGAGCUUCGCUUCACAAGAUACGAACAGAGCUCCAAGUGCGAGACGGCCAGAGAUAGCUCCGUGAGCUAUGCUUCCGCCAUUGUCAAGUUCAAUUACAAGUAA